AGGAUUUCCAAAGCUCAAUGGUCACCAUUUCGUGCCGAAAGAUCCGUCUUACUGUAUUCUCAGUUAAGGCACAGUUGUGAGAACGUGCUUGGUGAUCUCAACAAAAUACUGUCGAGGCUCUCAAGAAGAAAUAUAAAUACCCCGUUGAGUCUCGAUAUUCUGCUCCUUUGAAGUAUCACCCUCAACAUCUUCGCCUCUUCCCCUACCUCGCUCUCAUUCCAACACAAAGCUCGCCCCGAGUAAAUCAGUCUCGUCAAGAACACCAGUAGCAAAUAUGCAAAUCAAGAACUUCCUUCUCCCUGUGGCCAUGCUGGCUAGCACCAUUGCCGCCGAGGGCAUCAACUGCCACGGCUCCUCCAACUGCGACACCGCCCCAGACAACGGACUCAGCCUGAGCACUCUCGUUGACAUCGUCAAUGGCAUCGACGACAACCGCUGGUACAAAGACGGCGAACAAAUUGCCUGCGAAUGGGCGGACUUCUUCUCCGGCGCCCUUUGCGUUUUCUGGCAGGGAAGCAACGGUAACACUGGACGUGAAACCAAGUCUUACAUCCACGCCCUUGCCGACCAUGGCUGCAAACGAUGCGGCAGCGUGCCUUACGGAUUCCCAGGGAGCAAUGAUAUUCGUAACGGAAUGCUCACUGUCAACUGGGCUACUCAUGACUGCUUGGGCAAUGGUGGAACUGGCGCUUGCCCAUAG